GAUGAUUUCCUAGGUCAAGUGGAUGUUCCUCUUUAUCCAUUACCGACAGAAAAUCCAAGAAUGGAGAGACCAUAUACAUUUAAGGAUUUUGUUCUUCACCCAAGAAGUCACAAAUCAAGAGUUAAAGGUUAUCUGAGAUUAAAAAUGACUUACUUACCUAAAACCAGUGGCUCAGAAGAAGAUAACACAGAACAGGCUGAGGAAUUAGAGCCUGGCUGGGUGGUUUUGGACCAACCAGAUGCUGCUUGCCAUUUGCAGCAGCAACAAGAACCUUCUCCUCUACCUCCAGGAUGGGAAGAGAGGCAGGAUAUUCUUGGAAGGACCUAUUAUGUAAACCAUGAAUCUAGAAGAACACAGUGGAAAAGACCAACCCUUCAGGACAACCUAACAGAUGCUGAGAAUGGUAACAUUCAACUGCAAGCCCAGCGUGCAUUCACCACCAGGCGGCAGAUAUCUGAGGAAACAGAAAGUGUUGACAGCCGAGAGUCUUCCGAGAACUGGGAAGUUAUAAGAGAAGAUGAAGCCACCAUGUACAGCCAUCAGGCCUUCCCCUCAUCUCCACCAUCAAAUAACUUGGAUGUCCAGACUAAUCUUGCAGAAGAAUUGAAUGCCAGACUCACUGUUUAUGGAAAUUCAGCCACUGGCCAGCCAGUAUCCAGCUCAAAUCAUUCCAGCAGAAGAGGCAGCUUACAAGCCUAUACUUUUGAGGAACAGCCUACACUUCCUGUGCUCUUGCCUACUUCAUCUGGAUUACCACCAGGUUGGGAAGAAAAACAAGAUGAAAGAGGAAGAUCAUAUUAUGUGGAUCAUAAUUGCAGAACUACUACCUGGAUAAAGCCCACUGUACAGGCCACAGUGGAGACCAGUCAGCUACCGUCAAGCCAGGGUUCUUCUGCAGGCCCUCACCCACAGGCCCCCACGAGUGAUGCAGCACAGCAGGUGACCCAGCCAUCUGAAGUGGAGCAAGGAUUCCUUCCCAAAGGCUGGGAAGUCCGGCAUGCACCAAACGGGAGGCCUUUCUUCAUUGACCACAACACCAAAACCACCACCUGGGAAGAUCCAAGACUGAAAAUUCCAGCUCAUGUGAGAGGAAAGACAUCACUUGAUUCCUCCAAUGACCUGGGGCCUUUACCUCCAGGAUGGGAAGAAAGAACUCACACCGAUGGAAGAAUCUUCUACAUAAAUCACAAUAUAAAAAGAACGCAAUGGGAAGAUCCUCGGUUGCAGAAUGUAGCAAUAACUGGACCAGCAGUGCCCUACUCCAGGGAUUACAAAAGAAAGUAUGAGUUCUUCCGAAGAAAGUUGAAGAAGCAGAAUGACAUUCCAAACAAAUUUGAAAUGAAACUUCGCCGUGCAACUGUCCUUGAGGACUCUUACAGGAGAAUUAUGGGGGUCAAGAGAGCAGACUUCCUCAAGGCCAGACUGUGGAUUGAGUUUGAUGGCGAAAAGGGACUAGAUUAUGGAGGAGUCGCCAGAGAAUGGUUCUUUCUGAUUUCGAAGGAAAUGUUUAACCCUUAUUAUGGGUUGUUUGAAUAUUCUGCUACGGAUAAUUAUACCCUACAGAUAAAUCCCAACUCUGGAUUGUGCAAUGAAGAUCACCUCUCUUACUUCAAGUUUAUUGGCCGGGUAGCUGGGAUGGCAGUUUAUCAUGGCAAACUGUUGGAUGGCUUUUUCAUCCGCCCAUUUUACAAGAUGAUGCUGCACAAGCCAAUAACACUUCAUGAUAUGGAAUCAGUGGACAGUGAGUAUUACAAUUCACUAAGAUGGAUUCUUGAAAACGAUCCAACAGAACUGGACCUCAGGUUUGUCAUAGAUGAAGAACUUUUUGGACAGACCCAUCAACAUGAGUUGAAAAAUGGCGGAUCAGAAAUAGUCGUCACCAAUAAGAACAAAAAGGAAUAUAUUUAUCUUGUAAUACAAUGGCGAUUUGUAAACCGAAUCCAGAAGCAAAUGGCUGCUUUUAAAGAGGGAUUUUUUGAACUGAUACCACAGGAUCUCAUCAAAAUUUUUGAUGAAAAUGAACUAGAGCUUCUGAUGUGUGGCUUGGGAGAUGUCGAUGUGAAUGACUGGAGAGAACACACAAAGUACAAAAAUGGCUACAGUGUAAAUCAUCAAGUCAUCCAGUGGUUUUGGAAGGCUGUUUUAAUGAUGGACUCAGAAAAAAGAAUACGAUUGCUUCAGUUUGUCACUGGCACAUCUCGUGUGCCUAUGAAUGGAUUUGCUGAACUGUAUGGCUCAAAUGGACCACAGUCAUUUACAGUUGAGCAGUGGGGCACCCCUGAGAAGCUGCCAAGAGCUCAUACGUGCUUUAAUCGCUUGGACUUGCCACCGUACGAGUCAUUUGAAGAAUUAUGGGAUAAACUUCAGAUGGCCAUUGAGAACACUCAGGGUUUUGAUGGCGUUGAUUAGAUUACAAGUAACAAUCUAUGGUGUUUUACUGCCGCUUUUUUAUAAGCAAAAUCUUAACUUAAAAUUUUCCAGGGAACUACUAACCCUUGGCCAUUGAUGCUUCCCAGAUAUUGGAGAAAAUCAUGUCAAAGAAUUAGAAGAAAUAGUAUGAC